AUGAGAGGAUUGCAUCCAAGCGGGGUCAGAGCGGAACUAGAACGACGGGGCAAGACGAUCAAAGCGAGCGGACAUGCGAGGAGCGGUGGGUCUCGAUUCCUGGCUCUUUUCGGCACGGCCGCUAGGAACGGCACAAAGUCUCGAUUUUAUGCAUUUGAACCAUCGCCUCGAGGUGAAAAAGGGCAAUUUGAAAUGCAUCGAGGAAGGACGCUGCAGGAGAAGAGUGGAUUCAAAUUUUUCGACGCGAGAGCAGAGACGGAGAAAGUCGUCGAUGACGAACCUCAAGAAGAAAAAGAACACAAACUGGCUCUUGGGCUGCUUUUCUCUUUUUUACAGUAG